GCACGGAUGUGCGCGAGCUGCACCACGCGACAAGGACUGACAAGAUGGCGAUCAUUUUAGAAACAGGGGAAUAACUGCAAGGAGAGCCUCGACGACGCAACAAUGACCUGGGAGGGUUGAAUUUUUCUGCUCGCUAUGGUUGCCAUGGUGAUAUAAAGCCAGUGUGAACUGUGGACACACACACACUCAGCCUUGUGCACAUACUGUCAGUUAUCGGCUGACAGAGCCAGCCAGCUUGUCCGGCAGGUGUGUGACAUGGACAGGUGUAAGCAUGUGGGGCGGCUGCGCCUGGCCCCGGACCACUCCAUCCUCAACCCUCAGAAGUGGCACUGCGUCGACUGCAACACCACCGAGUCCGUAUGGGCCUGUCUGGGCUGUGCGCAUGUGGCGUGCGGCCGCUACAUCGAAGAACACGCCCUGCAGCACUUCCAGCUGCAGCGCCACCCGCUGGCAAUGGAGGUUAAUGAGCUGUAUGUUUUUUGCUACCUGUGUGACGACUACGUCCUGAAUGACAAUGCCACAGGAGACCUCAAGCUGCUCCGCAGCACACUCAGCGCCAUCCAGAGUCAGCGUUAUGAGGUCACGACUCGCAGUGGGCGUACUCUCCGCUCUGCUAGCGCUGCACCAGAUGCCCUCAUGCCAUGUGGUGCCAGUGAACUGCAGCUGAGGGACGAGGACCGAAUGUUUACCGCACUGUGGCAUCGCCGAAGGGUACUCAUGGGUCGUAUUUUUCGCCUCUGGUUUGGCUUGACUGAAUGUGGAAAGUGGCGAGAGGAAGAAGAGAGAAAGAGAGAGGAAGAAGAGGAACAAAAACGGGAGGCCAGAGAGAGGAGGCGGUCUUUAAAGAGGCAGCUACAGGAGGAACUGGAGAACGCUCCCCUCAGGAAGAGUCGCCGCUUGCGUCGGAAACGCCAGAGAGCUGCGGCCAUGGCUGUAACGACACAAACUUCUCAGAAGCCAUGCAAAAAGACAAAAAGUCGUGAGCCACCAUCUCACAUGCGCAGGCCUCGGACUCGAUGCUCUGUCGUGGCUGCUCCAAAGAAAACCAGACAAACAAAAAAAGCCCAGCCUGCUCCCAAAUCCCAGAGACGUUCCAUUAAUACCAAACUAAAGCCCAAAACGUCCUCUGCAAGCCCUCACAUCGCCCAGACCCCUGUCCGCCGGAAGCAGAGCACCAAACAAAAUGGCUCCCCCUUCAAACAACGUCCCACAGUUACUCCUGGGGUGACUGGCCUGAGGAAUUUAGGCAACACUUGUUAUAUGAAUUCCAUCCUUCAGGUGCUGAGUCACCUACUAGUGUUCAGGGAGUGCUUUCUGCGUCUGGACCUGGCUCAGGCACUGGAGCUCCUGGCUUCUGCGGUCCAUGGCCAGCUGGCAGAAAAGUCCUCAUCACAGUCCGCCUUGUACCAAAGGAAGGGACUCCAGACCAGCUUGGGCUCUGGUGCAGGUCUGAGUGGCGGGGCCUCCCGAGCCCGCAGCAUGGAGCUGAUACAACCCAAAGAGCCCAGUUCCAAGCACAUUUCACUUUGCCACGAGCUGCACACCUUGUUUCAAGUUAUGUGGUCUGGCAAAUGGGCGCUGGUAUCACCUUUUGCCAUGCUUCACUCAGUCUGGCAGCUGAUUCCUGCGUUCAGGGGCUACGUGCAGCAAGACGCUCAGGAGUUCCUGUGUGAGCUCUUGGAUAAGGUGCAGCACGAGCUGGAGAGCACAGGAACGCACACGACUACAAGAGACCCACAGAAGCGGCUCAUCAAGCAGGUUCUCAGCGUGGUUAACACCAUCUUUCAUGGCCAACUUCUAAGCCAAGUGACGUGCCUGGCCUGCAGCCAUCGUUCCAACACCGUGGAGCCUUUCUGGGACCUUUCGCUGGAGUUCCCUGAGCGGUAUCACAGUAACAACAGAGAGUCGGCCGCGCAGGCUUCCUGCCAUCUAACGGAGAUGCUGGCAAAGUUUACAGAAACUGAAGCCCUGGAGGGAAAUAUCUACGCUUGUGACCAGUGUAACUCAGCCAAACGCCGAACCUCCUCCAAACCCGUCACCCUAACUGAAGCACAGAAACAGCUGAUGGUCUAUAAACUGCCUCAGGUCCUCAGGCUUCACCUCAAGCGCUUCAGAUGGUCUGGGCGGAACCACAGAGAGAAGAUAGGAGUCCAUGUCAGCUUUGACCAGCUUCUCAACAUGGAGCCUUACUGCUGCAGAGAAUCUCCACCCAAAAGCGUGCCCUGCUCUGCUCCCAGUAGCUCCAGCUCGGUCGGCUUGCCGCGCCCAAAGCACUUCCUCUACGAGCUCUCUGCUGUGGUGAUGCAUCAUGGGAAGGGCUUCGGCUCUGGCCAUUACACGGCUUACUGCUACAAUACAGAAGGAGGCUUUUGGGUUCACUGUAAUGACUCCAAGCUGGACGUGUGUUCAGUGGAGGAGGUCUGCCGAGCACAGGCCUACAUCCUCUUCUACACACGGCGGGUAACUCAGGACAAAGACCGGCCGCUAUAGGACCGCGACCCUCCGUCGACCACUCACUGAGACAAUAUCAGCACAGCCCGACCUAUCGCUCUUCAUUUUAACCCAGCAGGAUGGGACUUUUUUAAUCUAUUUUUCUAAAUGCGGAGAAAGGACUUCUUUAUGAAAUCUGCUUUGUUUUGUGAACUUCCUGUAUAUGAUGUUUUUAUAUGUAGGUAUUUUAAAAGAAGAGGUUUGCCUGAUUUAUGUAAAGAUUUGUGUACAUAUGUAUUUUGUAAAGAAGAGAGUAUCAGCCAAGAUGUGUCACGGUAGCAGAGCAGACCCUUCUGCUGGCUAGUUUAAUGUAAACGCUGUUUGUCUGAAUCAGCUGAAAUGUUUCUCAGUCACUUUAGAUAGUUGACACAGAACUGGAUGUAAGUUAUUUACAUGAUAUUCAAUCAGUGGAAAUGUCCUCCAUGUGCUCCGACAGCCAACACUUUGGUCCUUUUCCUGCCAGAAAUGCACUAAUUUCUACAGUUGAUAGCUUUCGUGUCGCUCUGUUGGUGGCUUUAAAGAUUCUCUUCUCUGGAGUUAUUCUAGAUCUCAAGCAGACUUCCAGCCAAAGCCUUGAGGGGAACGAUAUUUUUGAAUUUGAAUGUGGGGAAACCCGCUCAGCGUUUCUGAUACGGUUUAACACCAGAUUGGUUUUGCCUCCUGCUGUUUUUAUUGAUGGGAGAUUAUUGACGGGAGAAAGUUUCCAAAGGGAUACGUUUUAGCUGUCUGCUGCCAUCUUUCUACUACACAAUGUAACUGGGGGAAUCUGCCCCUAAUGUUAGAAAAGUGCCCCUUCAAUGAUAAAGCAGGACUAUUUUUAUAGCAUGUACGAAGUGGAACCUGCAUUGCUGCGGUCCACAUAAACCAGCAUUUAGGUCAUGAAUGUAUUUUUAUUCAGCCCUCAGAGGUUUUACAAAAUCAACUGUUAAAAUUUUGUACUCAAACAUUCGUGAACAUCACCAGCAGUUUUUACUGAUCAUACUGUUUUGUUUUUUUCUUAUUCACCAGAAGAGAAUUAAAGUACUCUUCUUUCUUUUUCCCUUUGUAUUGAGUUUGGGUUUUUUUCAUUUGGCAUUUCAGUUACUACUCAAUGGUUCAUGUGUUUGUGUGUAAAUCUUAUGGAAAUUAUACUAUGCAAAUUAUUACCUCAUUUUUUCUGGAAAGGAUACCUCAAUAAAUGAGAUUAUUUUUUCA